AUGCGCGAUCGUACUGCUAUCAAGAAAUUUGUGGACGGCCUCGAGCUGGAGAGCAUCGUCGAACAGAAUGGCGGCCAGAAGGUCACCAUCAUCGAGUCCUUCGCUGGCCCGGGUACCAUUACAAGUGAGCUCAUCUCUCGAAAGGAGGUGGGAAGAGUCAUUGCGAUGGAGACGUCCCCCAAGUUCACAUGGGCGCUCGAGAGUCUCAAAGAGGAUCCAACACUAGUAGAUGCAGAGGGAAAAGGGCCAAAGGACAAGCUCUUCUUCUAUCAUCGUGACGAAGGGUAUCAUUGGUGGGCCUAUCAAGAGCUAGAGCAGUACGGCGCCUUCUCGCAGACCAAAACGUGGGCAGAAGACCCGUCCCGUCCGGCGCACCAGCUCGCGCCAGUCGUCUUUGUCUCGCAGCUGCCAAAUACCGUGCACGGCGAUCAGCUCUACACGCAGCUCAUCGCUGCCAUGGGCAACGGCGGCUGGAUCUUCCCCUACGGGCGCAUCAAGCUUGCCUUCGUCAUGCCUGAGACUCUAGCGAAGAGAGCGACAGCCAACGCAGGCUCGGCGUGGCGGGCGCGUAUUGGCACCCUGGGCGGCAUCUACGCAUGGCAGCGAAUCAUACAAUCAGCACAAAGUCUCGAACCGCAGACGGACUGCUUUUGGCCUGAGAAUCUGCGAGCACAACGUCGGACAUUACGUAACGCUGCAAGUAUCUCCAACGAGAACAUGGCCAGCGGCUCGAGCCAGCUCGCCAUGUGCACGCUCACUGCAGUGCCCAAGGUGAGGCAGGUGCAGGCAUGGCGUCGUCUUGCUGGCUUGCAGAGUCAGAUUCCUGCCUCUGUGCUUGAAGAAGAGAAGGCGCACCUUCAGCAAGAAGCAGAGCAAAAAGCCCAACUUAUCCGGGAUGAGCGAACGAAAUUGGCAAACCAGGAGGCGGAGAUGGAGGAGCAGAGGAAGAGAGAGGCCGCCGUCAAGGUUGUUGGCACAAGAGAGAAAGCUAUGGAGGAGAAGCUGAGGGGAUUCGAUGCCAAGAUUGCCCAAUUGAAGGCAGAGUACAAGGAGUUGAGAGGGGAGGACAUUACGGACGAGGAUAUCGAGGUUGAGUAUCAGAAGGUCAAGCUGUUACUGGCGAGGGAAAGGAGGAGACAGCUCGGCGGUUCCAACCGGUCGGAGAGGAGAGCGAGGAAGAAAGGGGUGGCGGUGAGCUCUUCAUUGAUGGAUACUGCGGCGGAGCAGGGCGGGACGGCGGUGGGAGAGACGGAUAGUGGAGCCGACGCAGUCUCCGCGGACGGGAGUGAAGGCCUGUCCCCCUCAUCGGACGAGCUGGCCAGUGGCACCACCCUCUCCCAACUUCGUCAAGGCACCGGGCCAUCACAAACGCCAUCAGCGGGGCCGACCUUGGGCAGGCGAGACUUCUCCACCUCUGCCCGCUCACGCUCGAGCGUAGACCCUGCAACCAGCUCGGACGCCCCAUCCGCCUCGUCAGGAGCGGCCACGGCCAACGCUGAUGCCGAUGCCCCAUCUGAGCAGGAGACGUUCUCACCAAAGCGUCGACGUGCUUCCGCACCCCGGAAGGCAGGGGGCCGACGCUCUGACUCGACGUCCGCACCGCCCGCUUGGGCUGCCACUCUCGAAUCGCUGCGUAAGGUCCAUCAAGACAAAUUGACGUACCUCCGCCUCAUUGACGGGCGACGUACCCGUCUCACCUCUCACUAUGAGAACGAGGCAGAGGCACGCCAGCUCAAGCACGAGGAGGCAAUCAAGGCGGCAGCAGAAGUGCAAGCUUCAGAGGUCGUCGAGGCUCUUUGCGGGAUUGAGGUGGAGAGCCUCGACUAUCUGCUUCGAGGAGUGUACGUGUUGAGGUCGAAGAGCAUCAGCACCGCGCUCGCUCGAACCUUCCCAGGGGCAGAGAGUGUGCUGAAACGUAUUGGGCCAGACGCAGAAGCCGUCUACGAAAAGCAGCUCGAGCUGGCACGACAGCGCGCACAAGCCUCUGGCGACUCGAAUGCCCAGACCCUCACCCCGCCUCCCCUCCCGCCCAAAUCUCUCCGAAUCCACCCCGACACGCCCGUCUGCGACCUGACGGACGAGCAAUGGAUCCUACUAGCCCGAACGUUCGAGCGAUGGCCUUUCCGUCCUGCUCAUCUGUUCGAUGAGAGUAAGCUGUCGAGUGCGCCUAGGACCAAGAGUACCUCGAAGGACUCGCCUAACGAGAGGGGAGCGACCUGGACCAAGGAGACGAUGAUGGCGGAGGUCGAUUGA